UGGGAGAAACACAUUCAAAUCCCAGGUACUCGGCACAGUUCCAUCAACCUGAGGAGCAAUAUGAUGGAUAAAACCACUUCCGUUCAUCUGUGCCUUGGGACGUUAACUUUCUUGGUCAUGAUUUCUGCUCAUUCAACUCAAGGAAAGCCUUAUAUAUUGCAAGAGAAAGAAGAUAUGAAUCACCAGGAUAUGCUAUUGACACUUCUCCUCAACAAACACCUUCCAAUGAGAAGACCUUCACAUUUUGAGAUGGAGCUGGAGAGCAAGCUAGAGCAACUGGAACAGCUGGAAAAACUUAAGGAACAACUUCUGGAAGAUAAAAGUGGAGAUAUGAGCUACACCAUGGAUAGGCUGGCACCAUCACACCACAACAAACGAGCUUGUUUUUGGAAAUACUGUGUGUGA